GGAUGAAGGUACGGUCUAUUGGAUCAUCUCGUCUCACCUGUGAUGGACCUCUGCUCUCGCACAAAAAGAUCUGACGCCAUCUCACGUCGCUGUGCUUUUUGGGGCCCGAGAUUUGUUCGAUAUGAUGGCGCCUUACUUGGGGCCCUUUCAGAGCGAGAAGUAUUACAGACUCGCAGACUCGGUGAGGAGGACUGAUUUCGCAAAGCAAUGUCAGCUGAACAGCUUUUUUCAUCCUGUGCACAGUACAAGAGCACCUGCCUUCAUCUUUUUGUGAUGAGCAGACAUUUUGAUUAUCAAGUCACUCAGAUGCUCUUGCAGCAGGGAGGUAGUAGCUCGCUCGGCUGCCAGAACUGGGUGAGAGAGGACACACGUAAAACCUUCAACUUAAUGGGAUCAGUCAUCAUCUUUGUGUCUUGCGCUCUGUGUAAAUCAGGUCGGCAUGACACCGAUCCACCUGAAGUUUAAUGCUCCACAGCUGCGAGCGAAUGCAGGCUUGCUUUCUGGAGAAUUUGCUGAAGGAUCCAGAGUUGGACGACCUCCACAGCAUCUUGAUGGCUCAGAAUCAGGUAAAGUCAGACCAGUUCACUCACUUGCUCAGAUGCAGAACGUUCAUGGCCUUUCUCUCCUGCAGGAUGGAGACACCAUCUUCCAUGUGGCUGUCUUGAGAUAAGAUCAAAAAGAAAUGCUGGAAUCGCUCUUUGAGGUGGCUUCCAAGAUGUCUAUCUCAAAGCAACUGGAGCUUUCGGUAUGGAAAACAAAGUGAGCAGGUGCUUGAUUUACGUGGACUUUUCUCUUUCCCUUAUCUUCUUGUUGUCUGUAGGCCGGAAGACGAUUCUUCAGAUCGCCGGAAGACGAUUCUUCAGAUCGCCAGAGAGUCAGUCUUUCCUUUCAAGGUCAUGGUCCUUCUGAAGCACAUGGGAGACUUUUUUCGGACAAAUCCCAUCAUUUUUUCAGACAAAUCCCAUCAUUCAGCAGCUGCGCUCUUAGCAUCGAGCAAGCUACUUCUCCAGUACAGAGGGACAAGGUCCUGCAGAAGAAGCGGCCUUCGAUUAUCGACCAGCUGUACUUGCUGUCGCAUCUGAGAAAGCUUGAUCUGAGCGAUGCAAAGCGAUGUGCGCUCACGAAGCACCAUUUGAGCUCAUCCUCCAUGUGAGCAGAGCUUUUGCGACUCAUAGAGUCCCAUAUCUAUUUUCUUGCCCUGUAAUUUUGAAGGAAAUGGGUUCGAAGGCUGUGGCGGCUCUGGAAAAGUCGUAUCGCGAGGCCUAUUCGUUUGUCAAGACCGUUGAAGAGUCCAUUGGCAUUCCCUUCUCAGAGUACCCACUUGUCCUCUCACAUUACGUAUGCAAUACGAUGCGCAUGCGACACAUUAUCCUCUCCAUCCAAUGCGAGUAACUUGCAUACUGUCUCACUCCGCAUCUGAAUGGAAGCCGCGCAGGUUCGCCGAGGAAAAAGCACCUCUCGCAUCAUUCAUCGCACCAGUGAGAAAGAAGACUUGCAACACUUCAGUUUUGGAAUCAAUCUCUGUCCCUUUGCCCUGCUGCAGAUUCUCCAGUGUUUUCUCAGUCUGUCAAUCUUGAUGCAAGUCAUCUUACACUGCAAUGCAGUAAGAAACCUCAUUAAUUGUACCUCGCGUCUCAUACAGCCACUUCUUCUUGAUUGUGACGAUACAGACACUCCAAGUCGACACGUGCACGCGCAGUCGACACGUGCACGCGCAGGUGUGCGCAUAGAGACAUUCAUCAGAUACAGACACUCCAAGUCGACAUGUGCAUGCGCAGGUGUGCGCAAACAGACAUUCAUC